AAUAAAAGUAUAUAAUCGCAAAUGGACGAUAUAAAAAAAAAUAAUUUCUUUGGAAAUAAAUUUAUAUUUAUAAGUAAUUACCAAAUGGGCAUUGAAAUUGAAGAUAAACCACAUACUAUUGAAAUAUUACCAAAAUUUACCUUCGAUACCUUCGAUGGUUGUAAACCACAUGAUGGUAAACCUAUUACUAGGAUAGAAAUAUCACCAAAUGAAAAAUACCUUGUUGUUUACAACGAAGAAGUUCUUUCGGUUUCCAGGAGGGAUGUUGAAAAUAUGACGGAAGAUUAUUCUAAACUCAUUGAUAAUAAAAUCAACCAAAUUUGUGUUUCCGAUGAUAAGGAACUUGUUUAUAUUGAUGAUGGAAACGAAUUAAGAAUAAUUGAUAUGAAUGGUUUCAAUAAAAUACGACUAAAUUUUGACAUUGAGCAUAAAAUGCUUUAUUGUACCUUUAGUUCAAAAGGCGAUUUUAUUUUAUACGGUGAAUUUUAUUUUGAUACUUACGAUUAUAAAAAUAUUAUUUGGGUCUUUUCAACACAAACUAAAAAUAACAAGUGGAUGUGUAAAAAAGUUUACAUGGUACCCGACGAUUUUAAACCAUUACAUCAUAUAUCAAAACAUGAUAAAUUUUAUCUAUUUUCAAAUAAUUACAUUUAUGAAUGGAAUAUCCUUACCGGAGAAUCAAUCAGAAGCAUAUUUGUAAACGAGAAUGAGUUUAAAGCAGUAGAUCUUAAUAUUACAAGUAAUGAAAAGUUUAUUUGCUUGAGAAUCAAAGAUAAAAUCAAAGAUGAAAUCAAAGACGAAAUUAAAGUCGAAAUUAAAGAUGAAGAUAAAAUUAUUAUUUAUUCAAUUGAAUUAGGAAUUACUAUCGCUUCUUUGGAUAUAAAUAAUGAUGAUCAACUAUAUAGGUUUAUGAAUCAUACUAGUCAUAUUGGAUUACACCCAUUAUUAUUCAGCUGUAUACUAAACAGUGAAGUUUGUAAUUCCGUCAUGAAACAAUGUUGGAAAAAUGGUUUAAAGGAAUUUCAAACUAAUAAUUUAGAAAAUUUUCCAAAUAACGUUCUAAAUAAAACAACUACAACCAAUUACGCAUUUGGAAUUCUAGAUGGGUUUGUUCUGAAGAUUAAACUUACAGAACAAUUAUCAAAAAUAGUUUCACCCCAAAAUCCUAAAGAAUCAAAUUUAGAAAAUAGUGAUGGUUAUGAUGAUAUAAACUUUAAUUUAUUUAAUCCAGAUAUGAGUAUUAUAUGUGAAUUAUUUGAAGAAGUUACUUCAUCUUUGAUUGACAACAGAAGUGAACUUGAGAAUGAAGAAGGUUUAUUUAUAUGGAAUAUAAUAAUUAAAAAAGCAACUGAAUAUGAAGUUAGAUUGGAAUUAAAAGUUCUUAACAACAAUUCUGAUCUUAAUAGAUCCGAUUCUAACAACAGUUCUGAUGCUAAUAUUAUUUGUAAAAGACUUGAUAAAUUUGAAAGACUUUUUGAAAAGUAGAUUUAUUUAUGUAAAACUAAAUUAUUUAAUUGUAAUAAUAUUGUUAUAUUUACAACAAUUGGUCUUUUUAUUUAUCAUUUUAAUGAAAAUAAUAAGUCAAUUUCCUUAAAUUAUUUUUAUUUUAUGGAUUUAUAUAUCAUGGAAGAUGAAGAACAAUAUAAGGAUAAAUUACAAUAUUAUAAAGAUGUAUUUUCAAAGCCUAAUUUACCUUUACCAAAUUAUGAUAGUUUCAAGUCAUUUGAUAAAUGGGUUUCAUAUAUAAUAGAUAAUAAGGAAAGUCUUUUGAAAUAUGGUGUUGAAUUAUUUACUUUUGCAAUUAAAGAACAUAAAUUAGAAUUAGUAGAAGUAAUCUAUAAAAAAUGUAUGUUUUAUUUUAAAAAGGAUUUAAAAAACAAUAGGGUAUUUUUGAGUGUUAUUACUUCUGCUAUGCCAAUAUUAAAUGAAUAUUAUCCAGAAUAUAUUUCAAGAUAUUCAUUAGAAACAACUAUGAU